AUGGAAAUUCGUCGGGAAUCGCGUUUAUUCGCGAUUUUUUUAAUAUCAAUAAUUGUUUUAAAUAAAAGCGCAAGUGCUAGUGGAUUGAAAGGAUGGGGUGGAGCAGCACACUUUGGACGUGCUCCGAUACUUGAAAGGUUUUCGUGGCAAGUAUUAGAUUGGGCUUAUCCAGACCCAAUGUCUCGCGCUGCAGCUCUUGAAAGUGGAGAUUAUAUGCCCGAAAAUGGACUUCCGGUUGGAAUUGAAGUUUGGAACAAUAAAUUAUUUGUCACUGUACCGAGAUGGAAAGAUGGAAUUCCAGCAACCUUGAAUUACAUAUCGUUGGAUACGAACCGUGGUGGUUCACCAAAAUUAACACCGUACCCAAACUGGGUCCAGAAUGUAGCAGGGGCAUGUGAUACUGGCCUAACUACCGCGUACAGAAUUCACGCAGAUGAGUGUGAUCGUCUUUGGGUACUGGAUACCGGCACUAUUGGUAUUGGAAACACGACCGUACAAGCUUGUCCAUACACACUAAAUAUAUUUGAUUUAAAGACCGAUAAAAUUAUACGAAAAUAUCGAUUACGUCCAGAUGAUAUUAAUCAGAAUACAUUUAUAGCGAACAUCGCUGUGGAUUUAGGGAAAGGUGGCUGUGAUGACGCAUUUGCUUACAUGUCCGACGAAUUGGGUUACGGAUUAAUAGUAUACUCAUGGCAAAAUAAUACAUCCUGGAGAGUAACACACAGUUACUUUAUGCCAGAUCCACUGAAGGGUGAUUACACCAUCGAUGGAUUAAACUUCCAAUGGGGUGAAGAAGGAAUUUUCGGCAUGAGUUUAUCACCACUACUGUCAGAUGGUUACAGAACUCUAUUCUUCCAUCCACUAAGUAGUGAUCGAGAGUUCGCGGUAUCUACAAAAAUUCUUCGCGAUCCAGUUCUCGCUCUAGAUAGUUAUCAUGAGUUCCAAGUAUUGCCAGAAAGAUUCAUGGGCCACUCAACUUCCGAAGUGAUGGACGAGAACGGUCUCCAGUUAUUCAAUCUGGUCGAUCAGAAUGCCGUAGGCUGCUGGAAUUCGUUAUUGCCUUAUUCACCGGCUAACCAAGCAUUGAUCGCCCGACACGAUGAGGCUAUGAUAUUCCCAGCUGAUGUUAAGAUUCGAAAAGGAAUGGUGUGGAUAAUAUCAGAUAAAAUGCCACAAUUUUUGAUAACAUCGCUAAACUAUACCGACAUAAACUUUAGAAUACUGACGAUGCCUUUGGCUGACGCUAUUGCUGGAACUGUUUGUGAUAACACACCGUGGAAAUACAUCGGAAGUAAUAUACUCUGGUGGGACCGAUAG